UUCCCCUUCACUUUCUGUACUCCACCUUGGAGAAAAGGACUUGAUAACCAUGAAGGUUUUCAUCCUUGCCUGCCUUGUGGCUCUUGCUCUUGCAACAGAGAAGGAAGAACUCACUCUAUCCAAUGAGACUGUGGAAAGCCUUUCAAGCAGUGAGGAAUCUAUUACACACAUCAACAAGCAGAAACUUGAGAAUUUUAAACACGAGGAGCAACAGCAAAGAGAGGAUGAACGCCAGAAUAAAAUCCACCCCCUUUUCCAGCAACAGCCUCUAGUCUCUCCUUAUGCUGAUCCCAUCCACUAUGCUAUCCUUCCACAGAACAUCCUGCCUCUUGCUCAGCCUGCUGUGGUGGUGCCUUUCCUUCAGCCUGAAAUAAUGGAAGUCCCCAAAGUUAAGGAAAACAUCUUUCCUAGGCACAAAGUAAUGCCCUUUCUUAAAUCUCCAGUGACACCCUUUUUGGACAGCCAAAUCCUGAAUGUGGCUGAUCUUGAAAAUAUGCAUUUUCCUCUGCCUCUAUCUCUGCCUCUGCCUCUGCUCCAGCCUCUGAUGCACCAGAUCCCUCAGCCUCUUCCUCAGACUCCUAUGCUUACUCCUCAGUCACUGCUGUCUAUCCCACAGCCCAAAGUAUUGCCUUUUCCUCAGCAAGUGGUGCCCUACCUCCAGAGAGAUAUGCCCCUACAAGCCUUUCUGCCAUACCAGGAACCUACCCACCAGGCCCAACCUGUGACUCAACCACUUGCCCCACUUGUCAACUCUGCUCUUGUUUAAAAGAAUUCCAAAGUUAAUGUCCCCUCCUCACUUUUGAAUUGACUGUGACUGGAAACGUGGCAUCUUUUCACUUGGCAUCAUGUUACCAAAAAUUAAUAAUUUUUAAAUGAACCUACAUGGAAAGAAAUGAAAAUUUGUUCUUUUAUUUAUUUUAUGUAUCAUCUGGCAUUCAUCUUAAUCUGAAUUUGGCUCAUAAACUCUACAUUUUCCAAACUUUAAUUCAAUUAUACCAUAGAAAUUUAAUUUUGAGUUGGAAAUACCCGUAAGCAUGGGAAAAAUAUGUAUAGUUUUUGCAAUCAUGUUUGUUGUUAUUUAAAUAUCUAUUUCCUAACCAGUCAUUUCAAUAAAUUAAUCCUUUAGGCAUA